AUUUAACCCUCAUGAAAGCCAACGUGGACAGUGUUGCUUUCCUGUUACGAGAAUUUGGAGGUUAAACCCCGUUGAUAAACAUACAUCCACUCAUUGACGUUUGACGAACAAUUCUUGUAAUGACUGAAAAUACAAUAACCCUGGAAGAAGGGCCGAUGUCACCAGACCUCUUCUCUGAUCCUGAGUCACAAGAGUGUUCCAACAUUCCUCUGCUGGACGAAUCCUACCCAAGUUCAAGAGAGGCCACAGAGCCAGAGCCCCCAGGGGAUGAGCCAGAAUGGCGAGGAAUGAGUAUGGAUGAGAUUCAGAAGGGCCUGGGUCCCUUCGGUUUCCAUCAACACCCCCCAAUCACCCCAUCAUCCGAUCACACAGUCCUAUUUCGUCUGCCCCUGGAUAAUCGAGGGCUCCCAAGGCCCCAUCCCACCAACAUUCUCGACAAAUGGAGUGUCGGGUACGUGAGAAUGCCCAACUCUCCUCACAGUCUGUACCCAAUAGACCGCGGGGCCGAGAAACCCCGUGAAUUUCGAAUGAGAUGGGAAGUUAUUCAGGAAUCAUUGCUACAAAGUUUCAUGUCCACUGCACAAUUGGAGACAGCAAUAUUAUCCUACAAUCACAAUUACGCUGAUCGAUGGGACUUCAGUGCUCUUCACCAUUUUUUCACUGACGUUGUCGAGGAGGAGGAGGCUGAAAUAUUCUUCAAGUCGUUGCUCCCACAGAUGAUACAGUUGGCAUUGCAACUCCCAGCAAUGGUCACUGGGCCAAUUCCACUAUUGAAAAAGCACACAAACUGUUCGAUCAGCUUGAGCCAACUCCAAGUGGCGUCUCUCCUGGCCAACGCUUUUUUCUGCACAUUUCCAAGGAGGAACUCGACGAAUCCCCAGUCUGAAUAUGCAAUGUACCCUUACAUCAAUUUAAAUAACCUGUUCGCCUGCUACAACGAAGAGAGGCCCAAUAGAUCAGCAGCUGUUGCUGAGAAGUUGAAGUGUCUGUUUCAUUAUUUUAGACGAGUAACAACCACAGCUCCGGAAGGUACAAUAACAAUCGAGCGUCGCUACAUCCCAAGGGAGAACUGCCCAAGAUGGGAUAAACUGCAUAAUUUACUGCCUCCAUUGCACAUAACUAGCAAAGGAACGAUAGAAACGGAAGGAGCUGGACUUCUUCAGGUUGACUUUGCUAACAAAUACGUAGGUGGUGGAGUCUUGAACUGGGGCUGCGUUCAGGAGGAAAUUCGCUUUGUGAUAUGUCCCGAGUUGAUGGUGACGAUGCUGGUGACAGAGGCUCUCGACGACACUGAAGCCCUCAUCGUCACUGGCAUUGAGAGGUACAGCAGGUACGAGGGUUACAGCAGUAGUUUUAAAUUCGCUGGAAAUUUUGUGGACGAAACACCCAGGGACACUAGUGGACGACGAAGAACGUCAAUUGUUGCUAUCGAUGCCCUUUAUUUUACCCAGGCAGACUCGCAAUUUAAUAUGAAAAAUAUUAUUCGAGAGUUGAAUAAGGCCUACGUUGGCUUCAGCACAUCUGUAAUGCCCAACACCACCCUCCCAGCGAUAGCGACAGGAAAUUGGGGAUGUGGAGCAUUUCGAGGGAAUCCAAAGCUCAAGGUGCUGAUCCAACUAAUGGCAGCUGCAGCAGCAGGACGUUCAAUGGUUUAUUUUACAUUUGGUGAGACCGAGCUGCGAGACAGUGUUGGGGCCAUGUACUGGCAUCUUCUGGAUCGCAAUGUCGAUAUUUCUCGACUCUUUUCACUGCUGCGUCAAUACGAGACCGAGUCGACAACCGAUCAUUCGGAUUUUUACCGUUUUUUAUUUAAUCGAAGUAAAAUGAAACCACUGACCAAGUAUUUUUCAACUGUUAAACCUCCAAAUGAUGGAGAUGCCAAGAACAAAGUGGUUCAACCGAUUUAUCACUCUAGAGCGAGAGUCAAGGAUAGAGGGAGGUCAGUUCACAAAAUUAAGUUGUCGGAAGAGGAAGAAGAGGAGAGAAUCAGGAAUAUGGUGGAGGAAUAUGCAGAUGAUGCUCCUGAGGAGGCACCAGACUCUCCUGAUUCAUCUGUCAAGACUGAAUUCUCUGAAUCUCUGAAGGAAAACGAGAGGCACAUGAAUUGCUCACAAGUUCUGGCUGAACGUACUGAAGUCACAGUCGAGAAUGAAAAAAGCAAAAUGUGCACAGCUGAGGAGGAGAGACUGAAAAGACGAAUAUCACAGCUGGAUUUAUUCGCACCGAGUCUCGACAUACCUGAGGUCACACUGUCUGAAAAAUUGGUGAACAGCAAUAUCCCCUAUGAUCACGAGACAAGCAUUAAGAGGUCCAAAUGCUCACCCAGUGGAAAAGGCCAGAGAAAAAUAUCAGACUUUUUUGUAGUGAAAACACCAUUGUUAUAA